AUGAGUAUCGAUAGUUUUGUUACUGCUGUAUCUGAUGUAACAAAUAUAGAUCGUACUGGAUCAAUUGUAGGUACUAAAGGUCGAUUCAAAGUUAUUCAUAUUGAUGAAACAGAUGAAGUAUCAUCAACACCUGAAUUAAAGUCACAAUAUCAACAUGAUUUAUAUUCUAAAUCGAUACGUCAACAUCCAUCAAAAUCUGAAAAUAUUGAAAAUUCGACUGAAACAGAAUUGAUCAUUGAAAAGGAAACUGGGUUUUUAAAAAAUUUAUAUGAUUAUCAAGGUGGUACAUUUAUGUCUACUAUUGACAAUCUAUCUGAUUCAUCUUCCAAUGCUCAAUUAAAUACUUUAUUUGGUGUUUAUCUUCCAUGUGUACAAAAUAUUAUUGGUGUUAUUGUUUUUAUUCGACUUUAUUGGGUUAUCGGUGUGAGUGGAAUAAUGGAAGGAUUGAUUAUUAUUGGACUCUGUUGUUUAUGUACUUUUCUUACUGCGAUUUCAUUAGCUGCAAUUGCAACGAAUGGAAUUGUUCCAGCAGGUGGUUCUUACUUUCUUAUAUCGAGAUCUUUAGGUCCAGCUGUUGGUGGUGCUGUUGGAUUUUUAUUUUAUGUAGGCAAUGCUUUAGCUGGUGGUUUAUAUGUUUUAGGUGCAAGUGAAAUUCUUUUAAAAUAUACAUGUCCUAAUAAAUGUCAUUUAUUUGGUGCUUCAAUUGAAAAUCAACAAAGUGCAUUUAAUCAUUACCGUGUAUAUGGUACACUUCUACUUUGUAUUCUUGGUAUUAUUGUUUUUCUUGGUAUAAAAAUUGUUUCACGUAUUGCUCCAUUUACUUUAUUAAUUGUUUUUCUUUCUAUUAUGUCUAUUCUAAUUGGAAUAAUUAAAAGUGCUAUAUCACCUAUUUAUUUACCCAUAUGUAUUAUUGAAAAAGAUAAUGUUAAACAUUUACUUAAAUCAUCUAUAUUAAAAAAUAAUGUUAUACGUUAUUGUCAUUCGAAUAUGACAUGUAAUGGAGAGAUUUGUCCACUUCGACAAGCUAUCUGUGAGAAUAAUAUUAGUAGUAGUAUCGAUUGUAGUGAUUUAAAUAAUGUUUAUUUAAUAAAUGGAAUACCUGGUUUAAAAGAUUGGCAAUUUAAAAAUAAUUUUAAAUCAAUGUAUAUGAAAGAUGAAGAACUAAAAAAUGGCAUUCUCGGAGAUUCAAAUGUAGAAGUUGUUAGUAAAACAACAACAUCAUUUUUUAUUUUAGUUGGCAUUUUCUUUCCAAGUGUAACAGGUAUUAUGGCAGGAUCAAAUAGAAGUGGAGAUCUCAAAGAUCCAAGUCAAUCUAUACCUCGAGGAACAAUAUUGGCUGUAAUAACAACAUCUGUAAUCUAUAUUCUCCUAGCAUUUCUUCUUGCUUGUUCAAUUCAAGGUAUACUUCUACGUGAUCGAGAUGGUUUAAGUAUUAAUCAACAACUUGUCGAAGCUGUUAUUGCUUGGCCAUCGCCAUAUGUUAUUAUUAUCGGAGCAUUAUGCGCUUGUUUUGGUGCUGGAUUACAAUGUUUAAUCGGUGCACCUCGUUUAUUACAAUCAGUUGCAAAAGAUGAUAUUAUGCCAAUAUUAAAACCAUUUCAAUCAACAUUUCGAAAUGAACCAUUUAAAGCUUUAUUAUUUACAUUAACUUUAUCAGAAAUAAGUGUACUCGUAGCUAAUUUAGAUGUUGUUACAAAUGAACCAUCAUGGCGACCACGUUUUCGUUUCUAUCAUUGGUUAUUAUCAUUUGUUGGUGUUGUUGUUUGUAUUUCUGUUAUGCUUAUAUCAUCAUGGUAUCUUGCAUUAAUAACUUUAACAAUUGGUAUUAUAGUUUAUUUAUAUAUUUGGUAUGCUGGAGCAAAUAAAGAAUGGGGUGAAGGUUUAAAAGGUUUACCAAUGUCAAUAGCACAUGUAGCUUUGUCACGUUUAAAUGAUCGACCAAUGCAUACAAAAAAUUUUCGACCACAAAUUUUAGCUUUUAUUAAAUGUAAAUAUAAUGAAAAUCAACAUCGAUGGAUGAUUGAACAUGAGAAAGUACUUGAUUUAUUAAGUCAAUUAAAAGCUGGAAAAGGUCUUGUUAUUGUAGCAACUGUUAUACAAGGAAAAUAUGACGAAAAACGUGAUAUAGCUGAACAAUUACGUCAGUAUUUAAAAGAACAAAUGAUUACACAUAAAAUUUUAAAUGGAUUUAUUGAUGUACUUGUUACGAAUAAUAUUUAUGAUGGAAUUAAUUCAUUGAUGCAAACAAGUGGUGUUGGUGGAUUUCGUCCUAAUACGGUACAGUCAUGUUUGGCAAGUAUUUCCUAUAUACCUAUCUUUAUUUGUAAUAUAAAUGCUUCUAUAGAUUGGCCAACAUCAUGGGAAAAAUAUCAAUUUGAUGGUCAUAUUGAUGAUACAAUCGUUUCGUAUCUUGAUUCUAUUCGUUUAGCUGAAAAUAAAAAUUUUGCUAUAUUACUCCUUAAAAAUAUCGAUUCUUAUCCUAGUUUACUAGAUAUUCAAUCUGGUUAUAUCGAUAUAUGGUGGAUAAUACAUGAUGGUGGUCUAUUAUUCCUUUUAGCAUUUUUAUUACAACAACAUCAUGUUUGGAAUAAAUGUAUAUUACGUUUAUUUACAAUAUGUUUACCAAAUCAAGAACAACAUAUACGACAACAUGAACUUGAACAAUAUGUUUAUAAUUUACGUAUACAAGCUGAAGUUUAUGCUAUUACUGUUCCCGAUCAAGAAAUAUCUGCAUUUACAAAAUAUCGAACAAUGACAACUGUAAAUUCGAAAUCCUCAAAUCCAUUUGAUCGAACAGAAAAACAAGUGAAUUUCGAAAGAGAAAAUCAUUUACAUCCAACAAAUAACGAUCAUAUUUAUUAUACAUUUACACCAUCUGCGAUUGGUCAAAUAACGAAAGGAAAACGUUUGGAAUAUACACUUGUUGAAGAUUUACAAGUACGAAAUAAAAUGCAUUCAGCAGCUCGACUUAAUCAAACAAUUCUUGAACGAUCACGUAAUGCACAAUUAGUUCUUAUUAAUUUACCUAAAGUUCCAAGAACAAAUGUUAAUGCUGAUUAUGCAUAUAUUGAAUUUGUUGAUCAAUUAUGUGCCGGAAUUUAUCGAUGUAUUCUUGUUAAAGGUGGUGGAAGAGAAGUUAUAACCAUAUUCUCAUAA